AUGGCUUUCAGAGGGUGCUUUGCAAGGGAUUCUGGUAAGCAACAGAUCGACAUUCUGCCAGGCCAAAAUGUACUAAAAAUUAUACAAGAUCGUUUUGAAAGUUGUGUGGAUGAUAUUACAACAUAUUCUCCAAGCCUAACACAUUGCUCAACCCCCAUUGAUAUAAGCCAAAAAGAGAAUGAGAAAAUAUUGCAGAAAAGUUCAGGUUUAUUGGACUUGGUGACUAAGGGCUUUACUGAUAGUCCAUCUUUAGCUCCGUCUCCAGUAAAAACAACUGACAGCACAGAACAGUCACUUGCAACACUUCAGAAAUCUGCAAUACUUAAAGACACUGAUUCUAGUGAAACAAAGGAGCGUGUGGUAGAAGAAAAAAGCUCACAUGACAAUGACAUUGUGGACACUAAGGAUCUCGUUGCUUCUAGCAAGCAAGAUGAUGUUUUGGAAGGUGUUGAAACCACAAGUCAAAAUCCUGCUGACACUUCUGAAGAUGAGGAUAUUGAUGUGACCAUGGGGUCACCUCUUCUUUUGGAAGAAGCAAAAAUGUCUCCUGUACGCUUACAUACAGAAAUUAAAAGCUCGGAAGUAUCUCAUGCAAUGGAAGAAAAUCAGGUUGCUCCAAUGGAAAGAGUAAAAUGUCUUACUGUGCCUUCUGAACAGAAAGUAGAGAAGAAUUUCUCUUCAGCACUCUUAGCAUCCAUGAUAACAGAAACAAUUGAAAAAAGCUAUUCAGCCCCAGUAUUGCCACCAGCUGCUACUCCUGUGAAAGAGCUAGAUCUAGAGAUAGAACAUGAUUGUGAGUUUUUAAUUGAUGAAUCAGAAGAAGAUUCUCUUAUAUCCUGGUUUUCAGUACGAAGAAAGAAGAAACAAACAGAAGAGACUAAAAAUGAUGAAAACAGAAAGAAAUCUGCAAAGACCCCAAAUCAGAAAAAUACCACAGAUUUGAAACAGAAAGACCAAACAUUUACUGUGUCACUUGUUGAAUCAAGCACAAAUACAAACUACAGAACUAGAGAAGAUUCAUCUGGGUCUUCAGAUACAGCUUCACAUUCAUCAGACCAGGCUUUUUCUUCAAAAGAGAAUCGUCAUUUUCAAAAUUAUUACCAAUCCAUUUCAAAAAAAGCUCCCCACUUAUCCCACAAGAAACAAACUGAUAAGCAGAAACUUUCCGAAGUUAAAUCAUCUAAAAAACUGGGAGAUAAAAAAAACAAAGUUAGAAAGCCUGCUCAGAAAGCUACUGGUAGAAGAUUGAGAGUGCAAGUCUCAGAGGAGAGUUCUGUAAAUCAGUCUGAAGAGGAAAUGAAUGAAAGUGAACUUUUACAAUCAGAUGAGGUGGUCAUCCCAUCAUUGCAACAGGAAUCACUUACAUCUGCAUCACAAAAGUCCUUGAAGUUAAACCCUAAACAUGGGUUAAAUUCAUUAGGAUCAUUUGAUGGUGUCUGUAUCAAAAGCCCUGCCAAAUUUCAGGAAUCUCUACAGAAUCUCAUAGACAGUACUCCAAAUGCUGGUGGUGGGAAAAGAGAAUCAGCCAAGUCUCCAAGGAAGGCAUCUCAUAAGAGGACUCAGAAAACAAAUCAAAUCGUGUGCUCAGGUCCUGAAGAUACAGAAACUAGCUAUGCAGCAGGCCCUGAGGACUCUUCUCUUCAAAGCAUGGCACAGCAAAAAUGCAGGAAGGUGGAUGCAUCUGUAAAAACAAAAAAAGACCAAAAAAAGAGGAAUGUGCAUAGGUCACAAAGCUCUUCAGUAUCUGAAGAAACAAUGCAUCAUCACAGUGGGCCUGUUCAGACACAGUAUAUUAAACAUACUUCAAAAAAUGACGAGCCCAUUGCUUGUGAAUUGGACAGUUCAUCUUCAGAUACUUUUGUGGAAAGUGACCUGACUAUCAGGCGUUCAUUAAGGCAUAAAAUAGUAAAGCCUUCCAACACGCCCAAUGUUCGCCGAACAAAAAGAACACGACUAAAACCUCUGGAAUAUUGGCGAGGAGAGCGUGUUAACUAUAUGAGUAGACCUUCAGGAGGUUUUGUCAUUGCUGGAGUAGUGCGUCCAGUAUCACCCGAAAAAGUCAAGAGGAAGAGAAAUCACCAUAUUCAGAAAACAAAACAUGAUAGAGUUGAAGAUUUGGAUAUUUCCUUGGCAGAUGCUUCUAAGCCAACUGCUGUAUGGGACCCAGCAGUUAAUGGAGAGGUUCUUUUGGAGUGUAUUAGCACUGGACAUAAUCAUUCCUACUUCUUUAAAGAUGAGUCAGUGGAAAUAUAUAAACACCUGAAUACAUCUGUUUUUGCUACUGGUAAACUGAUCUUGAAACCACUUAAAGAAAAGGGGUACCAGUUUAUCCACAUGGAUAAAAUAGCUUUCCAUGUGGUUCAUGGGAGAGUUAUUUUUACCUUGCACGAGACAUCAUAUCGUCUGUCUACAGGAGAUUUCUUCUAUGUUCCAGCAGGAAAUGCAUACAACAUACGCAACCUCCUGAAUGAAGAUAGUAUUCUUAUUUUUACGCAGCUGAAAGGAGAAAGGCCAAUCAUAAGAGAGUCCUUUUAGCCUUACCAGCAAAUUGCAGAUCAUCUUGCACUGGAUAUUGUAAAUAGUUCCAUUAUUACGUUAAAAGUGAAAUUUCCUUCAGUCUUGGAUAUCUUGUUUCAUGGAUGUUGGAACAGACCUGUUCACCUGUAAAUUGUUAAUUUGUGGAAUAUAUAAAUGGUUACAGUUUUUCUGGUUUUAUAUCAAUAAAUGUUAAAAUU